AUGACGACACAAAACGUAUUUCAAACGGUAAAACGGGCCAGCGAAGGCGAUGAUGAUGAUGAUGAUGUCGACGGCGAGCGGAGGGAGUCGCGCGCGAAACUCAACGAAUCGGAUCAGGAAGAAGGCCGAACGUUCUGCGCUGACUGGAAGCAAGGAGUCGACUAUAUAGCGGACUAUCUGGAGAAUAUACGGGAGCGUCGCGUCUUCCCUGACGUCAGUCCGGGCUACAUGCGCCAGCUACUGCCGGAGUCGGCCCCGAUUGAGGGCGAGCCGUGGCCAAAGAUAUUCGACGACGUGAAGCGCAUCGUCAUGCCGGGCGUGACCCACUGGCAGUCGCCCCACAUGCACGCCUACUUCCCGGCCCUAAACUCGAUGCCCUCGCUGCUGGGCGAUAUGCUGGCGGACGCGAUCAACUGUCUGGGAUUCACCUGGGCCAGCUCCCCGGCAUGCACCGAGCUGGAGAUCGUCGUGAUGAAUUGGCUGGGCAAGAUGAUCAACCUGCCGGACGAGUUCCUCCACCUGAGCAGCAGCGGCAGCAGCAAGGGCGGCGGUGUACUCCAAACGAAGGCCAGCGAGGCCACGCUGGUCUGCCUGCUGGCCGGACACACUCGGGCUAUCCAGCGCUUCCACGAGCGCCAUCCCGGCUACCAGGAUGCCGAGAUAAAUGCCCGUCUGGUGGCAUACUGCUCGGACCAGGCCCACUCCAGCGUGGAGAAGGCGGCGUUGAUUGGUGCCAUCCGUAUGCGGUACAUCGAGGCGGACGAGGAGCUCGCGAUGCGCGGCAAACUGUUGCGCAAGGCCAUCGAGGAUGACGUUAAGCAGGGCCUGGUCCCCUUCUGGGUCUGCGCCACCCUCGGCACCACCGGCAGCUGCAGCUUCGAAAAUCUGGAGGAGAUCGGCCUUGUCUGUAGGGAGCACAACCUGUGGCUGCACGUCGACGCCGCCUACGCUGGGAGCGCGUUCAUUUGCCCCGAGUUCCGCACCCGGCUGCGGGGCAUCGAGCGGGCGGACUCGAUUGCCUUCAACCCCUCCCAGUGGCUGAUGGUGCACUUCGAUGCCACCGCCCUGUGGGUGCGCGACAGCACGGCCUUGCAUCGCACCUUCAACGUGGAGCCACUGUACCUGCAGCACGAGAACUCGGGCGUGGCCGUGGACUUUAUGCACUGGCAGAUUCCCCUGAGCCGCCGCUUCCGCGCCCUGAAGGUGUGGUUCGUGCUGCGCUCGUACGGGAUCAAGGGCCUGCAGCGCCACAUCCGCGAAGGGGUACGCCUGGCGCAAAAGUUCGAGGCGCUCGUCCUGGCAGAUCACCGCUUCGAGCUGCCAGCGAAGCGUCACCUCUGCCUGGUGGUGUUUCGCAUUCGCGGCGACAACGAGCUCACAGAGAAGCUGCUGAAGCGACUGAACCAUCGCGGGAAGCUGCACUCCAUCCCCUCAUCGCUGAAGGGGCAGUAUGUCAUCCGAUUCACCAUCACCUCGACGUACACGACCGUCGACGACAUCGUCAAGGACUGGAUGGAGAUCCGCCAAGUGGCCUCUAUGGUGCUCGAGGAGAUGAACAUUACCAUCUCGAAUCGCGUCUAUCUCAAGGGUAAACGCAAGUUCUCCCGCCUAUAGUGGAACCUAGUGGGGUUCAACCUCAGUUUCCCGAAUCUAUUCUGUUCUAUU